CAUGCUGUUCCGUAUGCCACAGAAAAGUAUUGUAAAAUGCCUGUGUUUUAAUUCAGUGGAUAGGUUACUGAAUCCUGCCAACAGAGUACACAUGUCUUUGGAAGAGCAGCUGAAAGAAUUGUUAGAAAAACUUGAUCUCACUUGUGCAAUGAAAUCCAGUGGGUCUCGGAGCAAACGAGCAAAGCUUCUAAAAAAGGAAAUUAACUUGGUUCGCAGCAAGAUAAGCCAGCAGCAUCAUCAGCCCCCUCAAAUUGAAUCAGGUUUUGGAAGUUUUGAAGAAGAAAAUGCAGUAUUGGAACACGAAAGUGAAGAAGAAGGAGAUAAAUCUCCCCCUAAACUUGAACCAUCAGAUGCAUUACCUCUUCCUUCAAACUCGGAGACUAAUUCAGAGCCACCAACCCUCAAACCAGUAGAACUCAAUCCAGAGCAGAAUAAAUUUUACAAAAGAGUAAAAUUUGACAAUGAAUUGUAUAGUACUUCCAUUCAGAAAGAAAUAAACGGACACACUCCAGAACACUUACUUGACAGUAAUCUCAGUGAGUCGACUGUUUCUGCUGUAGCUGAGUCAUCAACUGAUGUAAACAGACGUACAUCAAUUCUCUUCUGCAAAUCGAAAAGUGUAAGCCCCCCAAAGUCUGCAAAGAACACUGAAACCCAGCCAACUUCUCCACAGCUAGGGACCAAAACCUUUUUGUCUGUAGUCCUUCCAAGGUUGGAGACACUACUGCAGCCCAGGAAAAGAUCAAGGAGUGCAUGUGGAGAUUCUGAGGUGGAUGAUGAGUCCCCUGUAAAGCGUCUGGAUACAGGCCUUUCAAAUGGUUUUGGAGAUGGCAAUAAAGAAUCAGAAUUAGAUGACGCUCCAGGGAGAAAAGUUGAACCUCGUCGCCGUUGUGCAUCAGAGUCUAGCAUAUCUUCAAGUAACAGUCUGUUGUGUAACUCAAGGUAAAAAUGUGUUUGCCUUAUUUCUUCAUGCUUAUGUUCUCAAAAAAACACCUUGAAUUUUCCUUUCCAUCAGCUUAAGCCUAUGGAUCACAAUGAAUUAUUUUCUAAAAUAACUUUCUUCAUUUUAGAAGUUGGACACAAUAGCAUGUGGAUUUCAACUGAUGCUUCCAAUUCUGUCCUUGAACCUCUAAAAGUUGUGUGGGCCAAAUGUAGUGGCUAUCCUUCCUAUCCAGCACUGAUAAUUGACCCUAAAAUGCCUCGUGUUGCUGGUCAUCACAAUGGUGUUACGAUACCAGUGCCACCCCUUGAUGUAUUGAAAAUUGGUGAACAAAUGCAGACCAAAUCGGAUGAAAAACUUUUUUUGGUUUUAUUUUUUGAUAAUAAAAGAAGUUGGCAGUGGCUUCCAAAAUCCAAAAUGAUUCCACUUGGGAUUGAUGAAACAAUAGAUAAAUUAAAAAUGAUGGAAGGUCGGAACUCAAGUAUUCGUAAAGCUGUAAGAGUUGCUUUUGAUCGUGCUAUGAACCAUUUAAGUAGAGUUCAUGGAGAGCCAGUCAGUGACUUCAGUGAUAUUGACUAACAUAGGUUGUCACCAAGGUACAAAACAACCUUGUAUAGAGAACUACAAAUUAACCUCUUUGUCUACAAGAAUGUAUUGAAGAUACAGCUCAGUAAUCAUUGAUCCAGUGGUUCUGGAGACUAAACUGGUUGAGCAGCUUCUCUAAAUCACCAUUGCCAUAUUGAUUUAAAGUUUUAUCAUUAUGUUGCUGUUUCAAGCAUUUCCAUUAAAAUAUAUCUUGUUCAUAGUGUUCAUAAAGUGUAUAUAUAUGUAUAGUCAGCUCUUAACUUAUUCUGAUUUUAGAUGUAGCUUUUUAAAAUUUCUUUCUUUUGGUUGGGAAAAAGAUAGAUUGUCACUUCCAUUUCUUUCCACAUUAAAAAAAAAUACAUAGGCACCACUAUCCAGCAUUAGGUGCUAAGUAACUUUUUAAGUAAAUAACAUCAGAUUGGUUUAGUAAAUCAUAUAUUAUGAUGUGGUGCUGCUUAUGUAACUUUUUUGUGAUCCAUAGUUUUUAAGAAGACCUCUGAAUGUUUGAUUUUGCAAAAAUCAUUAUUCUUUGCACAAAGUACCACAUACAUAACUGUAAAUUUACAACAACAAAUAAAUAUUUUAAAGAAGAAAUUACAUUAUUUUGGAUGGUACUUUGUGAGAAAGACAACAGAAAUAAAAUUAUGCUAUGUACAUCACUUGAAAAAUCUCUAAAAACACUCCAUUGUUACCCAAGAUACCAUUUUAGACAUUUGUUGUGUUUUACACAAAACUGGCUUAAAGCUCGUAAGUGUAUUAUUUCUCACAAACCCAUAUCUCAUCUAUCUCCCCUGGAUUUUAUGUGCCUCCCUGUGUUAUAUUUAUUGUAGAAAAUGUAUUACUUUGCUUUAUAAAGAGAAAUAAAUAAGAAAGUAUAUUGAUAUACAUUUUUAUACAGGCACAUAAGACAAUUUGCUUUGAGAGAAAAAGUUGUCUUGGAAAUGGUUGUAUAAAAUAACUUGAUGGGUUGUGUGUAAUUUGACUUUUUUUGUAACUUGUAAUCUUUGCUUCAGUGAGGGGAUUUAUGUAACUUUUAAUUUUAGAACACUUUGGUAGCAAUAGAAAAUUUGGAUACAUUUUUGUAUGGUACAUGUGAUGUAUAUAGAAUUAGUACUUUAUUUUUAUUUCAAAGAGGUAAAGCAUUACAUUUAGGGAAGGAAAAUGGUAGGGUGGGUUUCCAUUAAUAACUUUUAUAUUAAAAAAUAAAGUCAACUAUUGAUUGUUGUAGCUACUUUCUUUCUAUGUUCACUGGAAUACUGAAUUUGUAACAAUGAAAAUAGCAAGUAUGUUUUCAAUGUGUUUAUAAUGACUACAUUAUUUAUAAGUGCACUGCGUUGGACUCUUCAGUGAUAAUUUAAAGACUGUACCAAGGUAUAUAAUAUGCAACACCAAAUAAUGCAUAUGAAUGCACGAAAUAUUUAUGCCCAGCUUUUUUUUUUUUUUUUAUAAUGGGUUAGCAAAUAUGGUAAAGCCAAUACUUUUAAAAUCUUUUAAAACCGUUUCAUUGGAUAGUAUUCUUCAUUGUAAAACCUGCUUGAGUCUUUAUUUUAAAGCUACAGCCAAUUUUGAAAUAGUUUCUAAUGUUUUUAUUCUCUAUGGUUUGUAAUACCCCCUUAGAAGCUUGAAAUAAAAUUCCUUUCUCAAA